GCUUCGCGGGCAGUUCAAUUCGGCAAGUGCAAUUUAAGAUUUGCAAUGGAGUCCACACUGAAUGGCAACGUCGAGAAUGAUGUCGAUAAUUUGCCCGCCUGGUUGAAAACAGUCACUUUCGAAAAUGCCGGACGCGCUAGUGUAGGCGAAAACUUCGAGAGCAUCAUUAACACGCGUUUCGAGAGCGAUCCAAAAAGCAGCGUCAACUUCUCCUCUAUGCUGCUGCGUCUCCAUCUCGACGUAGCACUUAAAGAUGGUGGCACAAAAACGGUGUCAUUUGUGCUUAAAACACCACACACCAAUGAAAUGAUGUCGAAAAUACUAGAACUAUUGAAACUCUUCCCGAAAGAAGAGAAGGUUUACCACAGUAUUUUACCGAAAUUCGAGGAGUUGUACAGGCAAGUGGGAAAGGACGUUAAAUUUGCACCUAGCGCGUAUCAAUUCGAUCGCGACAUAGGUGUGGAUUAUGUUCUGUUAGACGACUUGCGACCAAGAGGCUAUAAAAAUGCCAAUCGAAUCAAGGGUCUCGACUUGGAGCACACCAAGUAUGUGCUGCUGAAAAUGGCCGAGUUUCACGCCGCCUCUGCGUGUUAUGUUGAGCACUUUGGCACAUUUCCAGCGGAAUUCACUGUGGGAAUCUAUACGAAGAGCAAUAAAGAGCUAUUGAAGGAAUUCAAUGCAUCUGGUGCCUUCUUGGCGCAACUAAAAAAGUGGAGCAAUGGUCAGGCGUACUAUGAGAAGUUGGCCGACAUCGACACUUACUUGGUGGAUCGCCUGCUGCAGGACCAGGUUUACAAUCCGAGCGAAUUCAAUGUACUCAACCACGGUGACUGUUGGGUGAAUAAUAUUCUCUUCAAGUAUAAUGCGUUUGGGGAAAUUAAAGACACCCGUUUCAUCGACUUCCAAGUUGGCAAAUAUGGAUCGCCGGCGAAUGAUCUUUACUACUUCAUAUUAUCCUCCACUGCCGCGGACAUAAGAAUUUCACAGUUCGAUUACCUGGUGCGCUAUUAUUUCGAUAACCUCGUCGAAAACUUGAAACUAUUGCAAUAUCACCGGCCUUUACCCAAACUUAGGAAUCUGCACGCGGCUUUGCUGCGAAACGGACUGGCAGCUUACUUGGUUGUGUCUAAGGUGUUGCCAGUUGUGCUGUUGGAGAAGAGUGGCAAUGAAGGCAAGGAGAAUGCCUCCCAGGAUGAAAGCAAAAUUAGGCUUGCUAUGUAUACCAAUCCAAAAUAUGUCGAAGCGAUGUCAGAAAUCCUGCCGUGGUUGGAUAAUCGAGGCCUGCUUGACUGGAAGUAAGAAUGGCAAAAUGGCAAAAUUGGAAAGAA